AUGGGUCGCUUUGGUCUCCUUCCUCUGGCUCUGCUCUCGCUCCAGACGCUCUUCGCCGGGUGUCAUGCGACAGACACUCCUGAGAGUGAAGACGCCCCUGCUCCUCCGUCUCUUGCCGUCACCGUGGAAGCCUCCUUCCCUGCGUCAGAAAUCUUUGGCAUCAAGAUUGUCAAUGGUCAGGAAUCGCAAGCUCUGUUGACUUUCAGCAAUGAAGAAGAAGUUCCGGUCACCGUCAACUUCGUUGGUGGUUCUCUCAUGAGCCUGGAUGAGCCUUCCAAGGCCGUGCGCAACCUUUCAACCACCACCUAUGGCGUUGAAAUUGCAGCCGGCGAGAAGGAGACCCUUCCUUACAGUCUCACGACCGAGAUGCACCCUCAGGAUCUCCGCCUCAACCUUAUCUCCGUUUUAAGCAAGAAUGUCACUCAAUUCUUCACCAUCCAAGCUUUCAACGGAACUAUCAGCGUCGUCGAGCCGGAAACUAGCAUCUUUGACCCCCAGAUCAUCUUCCUUUACUUCUUCAUCCUCGCAUUCUUUGCUGGUAUCGUGUACUUCUUCUACACCGUCUGGGUUGCACCAUACUUCCCUCAGAAGCGCCGUGGAAAGAGUGGCGAGGCCAAGAAGUCUGGAGCUGCCAAGAAGACCGAAUCGGAUGUUCCUGCGGUAGAAACCACUGCUACUGGCACUGCGACCUCUUUCAACUCCGAAUGGAUUCCCGCCCACCACAUCCAGAAGCCCGAGGCGCGCAAGGUCAAGGGCGCACGAUCCAAGAGCCGUGCCUAA